AUGAGCUCUUACUUUGUAAACUCGUUCUCAGGGCGCUACCCAAAUGCUUCCACCUACAAUGGAAUGGCCCUUAGCAUCAACCGCUCAGCCUCCUCUAGUCACUUUGGGGCUGUGGGGGAGAGCUCCCGCGGUUUCCCUUCUCCAGCUCAGGAGAGCAGGUUUAGACAGGCGUCCAGCUGCUCCUUAUCUUCUCCCGACUCCCUUCCCUGCUCCAACAGCGAGAGCCAUGGAGGCAAACCCACAGAACUAGACGAGACCAGCGCGUCCUCGGGAGCCGACGAGGGCACUCCAAUAAGCAGCAGCAUCCCCCGAGCGCAGGCAGAGCCCAUCGCGACCUCCACCGCAGCAACAGAAGGGCAGACACCUCAGAUAUUCCCUUGGAUGAGGAAACUUCACAUUAGCCAUG